AUGGAUAAAGAAUAAGUGAUACCCACUCUAUAAUAAUAAGAGAAGGAGUUAGAGAAAAAGCGUAGUGGAAAAGGUUUGGAAGAACAUUUCAAAUUGUUUAAUGAUCUUUUGAAAUUAAAAUAAGCAUCAUAUACAAAGGCCAUAAUAAUGCUUAUUGUUGCCUUUAUCCAUCAUAUAAUGAGUUAAAUUCGAUAGUACCUUAAUCAGUAUAUUCAGAUAUAAGAACGUGAUAAAUCUUCAUUAUAAAUCUGAGUCAACAAUUCUUGAUUAAAUAAUAGAUUCUGGUACCUACUUUGACAUUCAAGGUUUACUAAGACAAGACAUUACAAUAAAUUAUAUAAUGUUAUCCAUAUUUUUACUUGCCACAAUAGGUAAUACCUUAUUAUAUUUGAUUCUUUACAUACUACAAUCAGAUGAUUAUAGAGUAAGAAAAAAGUUUAUUGGGAAAGUAAUAUAUGUACUAUUUAGAAAUUUGUGUAAUUAUCUGAAUGGUACAUUUGGAUAUUCCAUUAUCCAGCCUUAGUAGUCUUUUUUGAGAAUAUAGUAUGUGGUCCUUCUUUAGAUUGUUCAAUGAGUUCAGAGAGGAAAAUAUUAAUAGUUAUAUCUUCAUUAGGGUAUUAAUUAAUAUUACAUCAGAGUAUUCUUUGGAAUUUUCAAUAUAUUUUUUUUGAGUGUAUUCUUCCAUAAUGACAGUAGUUAAAAGAAGGAUUGUUUUAAUACAGAAAAUUCACUAUAUUUAGCUAUGUUUCAUAUAUUUAGAGCUUUUUAAGCUUUUUUAAUUUCAUUUAGGUAUUAAUAAAUUUCUAUUUAGUUCUAAUGAGUAUUCUUAUUUAUGGGUUAUGAUGAUCUGUAUAUUUUUAGGAUAUUCAUUUUUUCUUUUAAAUUGUUUAUUCUAUAGUGGAUAUAUGGCUUUUGCCACUUCAAUUACACGUAAUACAUUUUUAGUAUUAUUAAUAAUAAUGGUGUCAUCUAGUUUUUCAAUGAUGAUAGAUGAAUUAUAUCGUUAUAAUACAGUAGAAAAAUAAUUUGAAAAUUUCAGUCUUUUUUUUACUUUGUCUUUUAUAUUUUUAGUUUGUUGUUUUAUUUACAAUUUAAGAAAUUCUAAUUAUGAAGAUAUUGAUUAUGAAAGAGCUAGUGAUACAGAUUUUUCAAGAUAAGUUUUUAUUGUAAAUUCAUUACUUGAAGUUACUAAUUAAGAUAUAAAUGUAGAUUUAUAUUUUAAAGGCAUUUUAUAAAGACAUAUGGAAUAAGAAUGUAGACAUACAAUAAUAUAGGGAGAAGGGAGAUGUUUUUGUAAAAAGAAGAAAACAUUUGAUUCUAAGAAAAAGAAAGAAGUAAUGUUAGAUGAUUGGCUUAUUUAUAAAAAUAUAUUUGUCAAGUUUCUAAUAAAAUCAUGGAUUGAAACUAAAUUAAUGGAUAAUCCAAAUUCUAUUGAAUUAUAAUUAUUAUAUGCUCGUUUUAUGUUCUUUAAAUUUCAAAAUCAUUAAAUUUCAUUACAUAUUUUGAAUGGAUUAGAAAAACGAUUUUUAUUUGUUAUAAAUAGAUAUAAAGCAUAUUAAUUAAAAAUGAAAAUUAUAAGAUAUAUAAAACAUAGAAAUUAAGAAAGUUAUAGAGAGAAAUUAGAAAUAUAGAAUGCUUUAUUUAUAGAAGAUUUAAUUGAAACAAUAAAAUAGAAUAUUAAUCAUAUAAUGAUAUAAAAUUGUGCAUUUUGGAAAUGUUUAUAGAAAGAAGUAAUAGAUUUAUAGGAAUUGGAUGAAUUACUUAAAAGUUAAUUUGAAAAGAUUGAAUAAACAAAUAAUUUAUGGGUAUAAAUAUAGAAUUAUUUGGAUUUCAAAAAGAAAUGGAAAUUUUAUUAUGCUUGGUUUACUUUAUAUAUAUAAAAUAAGAAAUUAAAAAAUAAAAUAUUAGAUAAUUUUUAAGGAUUAUCUGUUAAUGAAAAUGAUAUAUUUUCUGAAGAAGUAUAAGAAAAUAAUUUAGAAGAAGAUAUUGCUAGUGUUAAAUCAGAUUAAGAAUAAAAAUUGGAUAUGGAUAAAAUAGAUAUAAAAAGCAAGAAAAUUAUAUUUGAUAAAAAAGCAUGUAUUAUAUAAACUACAGAUGAUCCUGAUGCUCUAAUUAUUAAAGUAAAUAAAUAAUUUACAAAAAUAUUUGGAUAUACAAAUGAAGAAAUAUCUAAUAAAUUUUAAAUAACAUAAUUAAUGCCUGAUAUUUAUUCAAAAGUACAUCCAUCUUUAUUAAAUGAUUAUAAAUUAACAGGUAGAGGACAUUCUUUAUAUUCAUAAAGAAAAGUAUAUUGUAUACAUAAAAGUGGUUAUAUGUUCACUGCUUAAAAGUUUCUAAAACUUUAUAUAGAUUUAAAUGGAUAAUCAUAAUUUGUAGUAAUGAUUAGACCAACUGAUUUAAAUAAUGAAAAAAAACAUGAUGUAAUAAUAUUAAAUUAAGAUUGGGAAAUAAAUGGUAUGACUCCUAAUGUGAUUUAAUCAUUAUAAAUAGAUUAAUCAUUAUUUUAAAAAUAGAAAAUUUAAACAUUAAUAAAUAUAUUGUUAUUUGCACCUAAAUUAAUAUAAUUUAGUAGAGCAUGUUAAUUAAUUAAUGAAGAGACUGAUUUAGAAUUAUUUGGUAUGCAAAAAAUUAAAAAGAAAAAAGAUGAACCUUUAGGUAAAUCUAUUAAACGUGUUAAUAAUAUACCAGGAUAAUUUAAAAUAUAAGUUAAUAUGACAAAUUCAGGUUCUAAUAAUUUAAUACCUGGUAAAAGUACAAAUGCAUUACAUUCUGAUGUUGAUCUUUCAUCAAAUUAUUUAUAAAUGCAAUCUUUAGAUGUUCCAGAUGAUAAUAAAUAAUUUUUAUAAUAAACUAGUAAUGUUAGUGAAAAAAAUGAUGUUUAAGAUUUUAAACAUUAAAUUGAUUAAUAUUCUGAAAUGUAAAAAGAUAUAAAUGAAUAAUAAAAUAAAAAAGUUGAUGAAUAAAUUAAAAAAAUGUAUGAAACAUAAUUUUAAAGUAAUUAUAAAAGAAUUUAAACUAAAUUUGAUAAUAAUGCUCAUGCAAGUGGAGGAGGAGAUGCAAGUGAUGAUAAUAUGAGCAAAGAUGAAAUUAUUAAAUAAAAAGGAUAAUUUGUUUUAGAUGGUAAAGUAAAUAAUGGAGAACCUAUAUCUUUUCAUAUGAAAUUAUCAGAUAAGUUUUUAGCUGCAUGUAAACACUAUACAGAAUCUAAAUAUAAACUUUAUUAAAUCAAAAAAUAAUAAGAUGAUGUAUUUAUUUAUUUAUAAUUUAAGCAUGUUAAAUAAGAAGAAAAAUAAGAUAAAGAAAGAGAAAAAGAUAAAGGGAAAUCUAAAGUUAAUGAUAAAAAAUUAUUUGUUAAAUAAGGUACAUAAUAAAGAGAAUUUAAAAAAAGAGCUAGAUUAAUGUUUUAAAAAGCAGCUGAAAGAAGAAAGAAUGAUGAAGAUAGAGGUUAUUAUGAUUUAAUCAAAGAGAUAUAUUAAGAUAUCUUAAAAGAUUAAUAAAAAGUUAAAUCAUUUAAAAUUAUUUGCACAAUUUCAUUUUAUAAAAUAAGAGAUGAACGAAUUGGAAUAAUGAAAGUUUCUAACAUUUCAGAAAUACUUAAAAAUAAAAUUCGUUAAAAUGUUCGUAAAUAAUCUUAUAUGAUAUUAAAUAAAGGAUUAUCUAGAGGUAUUCUAUAUAUAUUUAUUAUAAAUUUUAGAAAUGUCAAGACUUAAAAGUAUAUAAAAUAAUGAUGGUGCUAAAUUCUUAACAAUGACUAGUGAUGGAGAAAGUAAAAUUGUUUCACCUCAUUAACCAUAAUCUUCUCCAACCAAUUCUAAUGUUAAAAUCAAAGUAGCAUCUAAAUCAAAUGGAUUGGGAUAUUAAUUAUAAAAAGAAGAUAAUUUAGAAGAUUAGGAAGAAAAAGAUGCUUUAGUUGAUUUUAAAGGAUAACCAAAAAUGAUUAAUUGGGAAACUUUUUAAAAUUAAUUUAAAAUGUAAUAAGGUACUUAAAGUUUUUCUUUAAAUGUUCUUGAUAAUAUAUUUAGAAAAGAGGAUAAUAAUAAACCUAGAAAAUUACUAGUUAAAAUUUCAUAUCUUACUUGGUUUCUACGUUUCAUGUAUGUUACAAUAUUAACAUUAAAUUUAAUCACAUAUUUUCUUAAACCGUAUUCAGUAAACUUAUUAUUAUUAUUAUAUAAUAGGACUUUUUACCAAUUAAAACUUAAUCUGCUCGUAUUUUACAAUUAUCUCAAAUGUAAACCUAUAUUAUUGAAGCCUAUGAUACAGUUAUGGAUAUAUUACUCUACAAAAAUGCUGAUUUUCAGAAUUUAUUAGUAGAAGGAGUAGCUCUUGAUACUUAAGAUAAAUUUUUUACUUAUCAAACCUUAUAAAUUGAUUAAGGAUAUGAAUAUUUAAAAUUACAAAUUAGAGAUCUUAAUUUAUAAGAAACAUUUUUAGAUGAAUCUAUAUUUCAUAGUAAUUCUAUUACUGAUUAAACUAUUACUUAAAUUCAAAAUGUGCCUAUUAUUUUAGAUUAUAAGGAUGUAUUUACAAAGAUAAUUCUUGUUGAACAUUAAGUAUCUAUUUUAACUUCUGAUGAAUUGAUUAAAUUAAAUGAAUCAAAUUCUUUGGUUAAAUAUAUGAGAAAUGUUACUGUUCCAACUUUAUAUUUAGAAUUUAAUAAUGCAGUUAUGAUUUUAGAAGAUAUUCUUAUUAAUAAAGCUAGUUCAAUGUCAGAUUUUGUAAUUAUUAUUUUAAUUUUGGAAUCAUGUAUAUUUAUAAUUGGAUUUUUUGGAUUAUUACUUAUUAUUUUAUGGAUUUGUUAGACUUUUAAAGCAGUAUUAAAAAUGUUUAUAAUGAUUAAAAAAAACGAUUUAAAUAAGAUUGUAAAAUAAUAAUAAUUUGUUUAAACUUAAUUUUAAUAUAUAUUAAAUAAAGAUGAUGAAAUAUCUGGCAUAUUACAAUUAAAUGAUAAAAAACUAUAAAUUAAUACUAAAACUAAUUUCUAAUAAUAAUAAAAUUUCCUACUUAUUAAUGAAGUUGAAGACUAAAACCUUACUAAAAGAAAGGAUAAGUAAAUUCUUGAAAAGUAAUUACUUAAAAAAUUAACUAUUAAAAUGUCUUUAAUCUAUAUCUUAUAUGUUUUAUUUUCAUCUUCUGCAUCCUUAGUAUUCUUCUUAACAUUAAGCAAUUCCUCAUAAUAAAUUACACUAUUAAUUACUACAGGUGCUGAUUCCAUUUAAGAUUUUAGUGAUAGUUAACUUUUAUUGGUUUCAGUCAAAGAGAAAUAUUUCAAUCCUGAUCAAUAUAAUUAAAAUUGCUUAUAAUAAAUUUAGACAAUUUUAGAAGAAUAAAUUACUGAUAUCAAAAGUACUCCUUCUAUUGAAGAUCCAAAUUAUGGAACAUAUUAUACAAGUUUCUAAUCUAUUUAUUUUGGCAAUUUAUGUUAAUAUCUUUAAGAAAAUUCUUAUUUGAGUUAAAUAGCUGCUGAAGAUUGUUAGACUAUUCUGAAUGGUAAACUAAAACAAGGAGUAGUGGCAUUUAAUUAAUUAUAUUCAUCUGUGACUGAAGGUAAUAAUUUAUUUAUUUUUAGAUUAUGUUUUAAAUAAGGAAAGUCGAUUUGGAUAGAUAAAUUUAGAAACUAUUUGGUAAUAUAAUGUAGCCAUAGAUUAUGUUAAAUCUGCCUUUAAAGCUUUACUAACUUCUUGGUCUAAUGAUCUAGGGGAUCUAAUUGAUCAAUACUUUACUCUUAUACUAGUUUUGUUGAUUGUCAUGGUAGUAUUUUAAUUACUUGUUUUUAUAACCAUAGCAGAAAUGUAUUUAGUUAAUCAAUUAAAUAAAUCUUUUCAAUUCUAUAGGAAAAUAUACAAAUCUUAUAUGCCUAAUGAUAUCAUACAAAAAGAGAAAAUAAUUAGAGCUUCACUUAUCAAAUAUAGUAUUAUUAAAAGAUGA